AUGGAAUACGGAACCAACAAACACCCACCCUUCAAAGACGACCCGCCACUUCUUGUCAAGGACCUUCCGCAAGAGCACAUUCCGUCGUAUACGCCCCCGUCACUCGGAGUGGAGAGAAUCAAUGGAAAGAGACUGGUUGUCGUCGGUGACGUGCACGGCCAGACCGCCGCUCUCAAGGCCCUUCUCGAGAAGAUAGGCUUCGACCACAAGCAUGGCGACCACCUGGUUCUUGCCGGCGACAUGAUCACGAAGGGGCCCGACAGCAAGGGUGUCGUCAAGCUAGCCAUGGCCGUCGGGGCGAGCGCCGUGAGGGGCAACCAGGAAGACAGGGUGCUGGCAGCCGCCAGGGAGCUCCACCGCUGGUCGGCCAUCGACGAGUUUAAGUCAGACCGUGCUAGCGAAGCCGAGAAGGCAGAUGGCGAAGUGGGAAUAGAGACCCGGAGGAAGAACCACGCCCACCGCGUCGCCGAGUCCCUCACCCGUGCCCAGCUCGCCUGGCUCAGGUCCCUCCCCAUCAUCCUCCGCAUCGGACACCUCCCCGACGCGGCCUCACCUCCAUGGAACGCCAGCACGCUGGCGGUCGUCCACGGCGGUCUAGUCCCUGGUGUACAUCUGGAGAAGCAGGACCCGUGGGCCGUGAUGAACAUGCGGAGUCUAAAGUACCCUCGCAAGGGCAAAGGAGGAAAGAAGGGAAAACACCACAGUGAAAGCCAGCCAGAGUCCCCCGUCGACCACGACGAAGACCAAACAGACCCCACAACAACAACAGACGGCCUCACCCUCACCCCAGACGCCGUCGCCGUCCCCGUUGACACCCACGGCGGCGAACCCUGGAGCCACGUCCUGAAAAAGAAACAAAAAGGCCACCGCUACGCCUACGGCCUCGACUCGGGCUGUGGUCACGGCAAGCAGCUCACGGCGCUGGUUAUCGAGGCAGUGGGGGAUCCGGCGGGACGGGGCGCCAUACGGCACCACAUUGAGCAGGUGGAUUGUGCAGAUCCUGGGGUGGUGGUUCAGACGGUUGAGGGGCUUGGGGGGGUGGAAGAGGGGGAGGAGGGGAGUCAGCGGGUUAUGGAGUGA